GAAAUCUUCCAGUUUUCUCAGGGAACAGAUAUGUAUUUGAGAAUGACAAGUGAUAAAUAUCACCCUGGAGGAAACUGGUUGAACCUGGAGAGAACACCAACUCUGAGCUAGAGGAGGUGUAGGUAAAUACUGAUAAAGGAGCUUUGCUGAACCACCUGCAGGAACGGAGGGGUUUUGAAGGACCAUGAAAGAAAUUCUUACUAGAUUCUGGAGCUCAAAUAGGAUGAAGCCUGAGUUCUCUUACUUUUCUGGAUUCUGUGUGUACUUUCUUUUUCUGCAAGUGAUGGUGUCUUCAGAGAAACUGAGGGUAACUACUCCCACAAGACACGUGUUAGCUAGAGUAGGAGGCCAGGCUGAGCUCAGCUGCCAGGCGAUCCCACCACAGAGUUUGAUGCAUAUGGAGGUGCGCUGGUUCAGAAGUGGCCAUUCCCAACCUGUUUACCUAUACAGAGGUGGCCAUAAAACGAGUGGAGAAGCUGCUCCUGAAUAUGCAAAUCGUACAGAGUUUGUGAAGGAGGGCCUUGGAGAAGGCAAAGUGAUGCUGAGAAUUCAUAAUAUCAGCAUUUUGGAUGACGGACCUUACCAAUGUUCAUUUAAUGAUAGUGGCUUCGUUGAUGUGGCCAGCAUGAACCUCAAUGUCACAGCAGUUGGAUUGGAGACAGAAAUCCAUGUUCAGGAUCCUGAUGCUGAUGGAAUCAUGGUGGAGUGUAAUUCAGGAGGGUGGUUCCCAAGACCCCAAAUGGAGUGGAGAGAUAGCAAUGGGGAAACACUUCUGCACUCAUCAAAAUCAUACUCACAGGAUGAAGCCAGAUUUUUCCACAUGAAGAUGACUCUUCUCACAAACAUGUCACAGGGCAGCAUCAUUUGCUGUGUUUUUAACCCUCUAACAGGUGAAGAGAAGCAAACAAGUAUCCUUCUAGCAAGUGAACUCUUUAAUCAAGACCAUAUUUGGAUGAAAAGUUUAGUUUUCAUUGCAUGUAUAAUGUUCAUUGUAUAUCUUCUAUUCAUCUGCUGCUUUUUCAUGAGAAAAGGGUGUGCAUCUGGAUGCCUACGCAGAUGUCUUCCUGUGUUGAAUUCCUGGCCUAUUCAAAUACUGCAUUUCUUAGUCUGUACUGGAGUACUCUUUGCUAUAUAUUUACCUCACCGGCACAGAGUUUCUCUUUCAGAUCCUCGGUUUCCCUUAUACAACAACUGGAUAACUGAGUUGCUAUCUGUGACACUUUUUCUGAUAGUAUGUUUUGUCUUACCAAUCAUCAUUUUAUUAUUAAAACAACUUUCACCCACAUGUCUGACUAAAUGGGAGAAGAACAAGGACAGCCAAACAGGACUGGGAAAAGGCCAAUGAAGCCUCAAUCCUAUAUAGAGAACAACCAAAAAAAAAAAAAAAGCUGAGAGUAGGAGAAGUGGUUUCCACAGGGAAAAGCUGCCAACUGAUUGUCCAGUGUCAAAACAUCAGCCCUGAAAACAUAUAAACAAGACACAUUAUGCAA